CGAAAUACAUAAAAAAGCUCAAGAAUCUAGUAAAUUAAAAUCUGAGUUAAAAGAAAGUGUUAGAGAUGUUCAAGAAAUAUUAAAUAGUCAAACUGAAUGGUUUAGAUUAAAAAAUACCAAAUUUAAAUAUUAUUCUCUAGCAAGCCAAGAGACUAUUAUUGAAGUAUUUGAA